AUGGCGCCGCAUCGUGAAGAGGACCGCCACGCCUUCUACGCCGGCAAAAGCCAGCUGUCAGGCUCGGCUGGAACUUUUGAGACCAUUGAUCCCUCGACUGGUCAGUCGGCAGGCACUAUUCACAUUUCAUCCGCCGGCUCUAUUGACAAGGCUAUCCAGUCGGCACAGUCUGCGUUCCCUUCGUGGUCAGCAACGCCGCCAAUUGAGCGGACGCGCAUCCUGCAGCGCGCCGUGGCCCUCCUCAGGGAAAAGAAUGAUGAGUUGGCCAAGAUUGAGACUUUGGAUACGGGCAAGCCGUUCUCCGAGACCUCGACGGUUGAUAUAGUCACUGGCGCCGACGUUCUGGAAUAUUUUGCAAACCUCGUUUCCAGUGGUGGCCUCAAUGGCGAGUCUUUCCGCCUCCGGCCGACUGCCUGGGUCUACACCUCCAAGGAACCACUCGGUGUAUGCGCGGCUAUAGGGGCGUGGAACUACCCCAUACAGAUCGCUCUGUGGAAAUCCGCUCCCUGCCUGGCUGCGGGUAACUGCAUGGUCUACAAGCCGAGUGAGUUCACCCCGCUGCAUGCACAAUACCUGGCGAGUAUCUACAAAGAGGCCGGAGUGCCGGAUGGUGUGUUCAACGUUGUCUACGGCGCUGGCGACGUCGGUGCGCGCCUGACCAGUCACCCGGCCAUCGCAAAGGUCAGCUUCACCGGCCAGGUCAGCACGGGCAAGAAGGUUGCCGGCUCUGCUGCAGGCAGAAUGAAAUACGUCACCAUGGAACUGGGAGGGAAAAGCCCGCUCGUUGUGUUACCCGAUGCGGACGUUGAUCAGGCAGUCGACGGUGCCAUGUUGGCCAACUUCUUCAGCACCGGCCAGGUGUGCACGAACGGAACCCGUGUGUUUGUGCCUCGGUCAAUGAAGGCCGAAUUCGAGCGUAUCUUACUGGGGAAGAUACAAUACGUGCGGGCAGGGGACCUCCAUGACCCAGCAACAAAUUUUGGCCCUCUGAGCAGCAAGGCGCAUUACGAGAAGGUCCUCAGCUAUAUCAGACAUGGUGCCGAUGUUGACAAGGCCAAGAUGCUGUGUGGUGGUCCACGGCAACCUGCCAACCUUCCCCAAUCGUUGAAGCAAGGGUAUUGGGUCGAACCCACGGUAUUCACGGACUGCACGGAUGACAUGAAGAUUGUCAAGGAGGAAAUCUUCGGACCCGUCAUGUCCAUUCUGCCGUACGAUACGGUGGAAGAGGCAGUCAAGCGGGCCAACACCACUGAGCUCGGCCUGGCUGCCGGCGUAUUCGGGAAGGAUGUGAACGAAUGUCACCGCGUGGUUGGUCAGCUAGAAGCUGGAAUCACCUGGGUCAACACGUGGGGCGAGUCUCCGGCGGAGAUGGCCGUCGGUGGUUGGAAGCAAAGUGGCUUGGGAGUAGAGAACGGCAGACGUGGCCUGGAAGCGUGGGUGAGGAACAAGAGCACACUUGUCGAGAUGGGUGGCAGUGUACCUACGGUGUUUUCAAAGCUCUAA